CUAAAACCUAAAAAUAAAUAAAAUUCAAGAUGUCUCAUUGCACCAAACUCUCCAGCCACUGGAAGAUCAUUGUUUGGGAUGAGGAGUGCUUCCAGGGUCGUCGACAUGAAUUCACAGCAGAAUGUUACAAUGUCAUGGAGUUCGGAUUCGAAACUGUGCGCUCUAUGAAGGUGGAAAGUGGAGCCUGGGUGGGUUAUGAGCACGCAGCCUACCAGGGACAGCAGUUUGUCUUGGAGAGAGGGGAGUACCCCCGCUGGGAAAGCUGGAGUGGCAGUAACUCCUAUCACAUAGAGAGGCUGACAUCCUUCCGGCCGAUUGCCUGCGCUAACCACCGUGAAUGUAGGAUGUCCAUGUUUGAGAGGGAGAACUUCCUGGGCAGGAAGGGAGAGCUGAGCGAUGACUACCCAUCUCUACAAGCUAUGGGUUGGUGCAACAAUGAAGUUGGAUCCUUCCGCAUCCACUCUGGCGCAUGGGUAUGCUACCAGUAUCCCGGUUACCGUGGCUACCAGUUCAUCAUGGAAUGCGAUCGUCACUGCGGGGAGUACAAACACUGGAGGGAGUGGGGCUCCCACGCACAGACUUUCCAGAUUCAGUCCAUCCGCAGAAUCCAGCAGUAAAUGAACUCUGAUGGCUCCGGCCACACGUCUGUUUUAAUCUUCAAAA